AUGUCUUCUAAAACAGAAUUGCCAGAAUACACCGACGUCACUUUGCCUCGCGAGGAGGUCGAGAAACUCUACAAGAUCAAGAGCAGAUAUGAGACCAACAAAAAGAUUGCCAAACUCGGCUUGGGAGUGUUUUUGUUCUUCGUUGCCUGUCUGGUUUUGCAGUCCGGUCCGGUUGUCCACGGUGUCAAGUCCUUGACCCAUCCACACCACCCACAUGCCCACGGAUUCCACGGAGCACACCGCCCUCCACCGGGAUUCGAAGGCAUGCACGAGAUGGAAGAUGAGGUCAAGCCAUUCAAGGACUGCAAGAUGGACAAGAAGGGCGGCAUGCUGAAGGCUCACGAGAUGCACAAGGGCCACAAGAGCAUCAAGGGUGCUGAAGGUGAACUCAGAGAGACCGAACACGAGUUUGAAAUCGAGGAGCACAAGGCUCACGACAGACCACAUCAUAAGGGAAUGAAGUUGAAGGGCCACAAGGGAGGCGAGUUCUCCAAGACGAAACAGGACAAGCACCUUAAGGAAGAUUCGAAGGAGAAGUUGGAGAAGGAGCCAAAAGACGAGGAGCCAAAGGACGAGGAAGAGAAGGUCGAGAAGGUCGAGAAGGGACGCAGACAGAAGCACAAGAGACCAGCUAAGGCUCAGGAGGAAGUCCACAAGGAAGCCUUCGACUCUCAGUCUGAGUCCGAAAGCGAAAACGAGAACUAG